AUGGCAUGCUAUCAUGAACCUCGGAUACAUGACCACGAGCUCUAUUUUCAACUUCGGAAUCUCAAUCUUUUGCUUCUUCUUCCCAUUGCCCUCAUUGGAAUUCUUUGCAACGCGUGUGCAAUGGUAUCCUUGUACCGUCCACCAAAGAUCACAUCCGGUGUGUUUGUUUAUCUGAAAGCACUUCUGCUUCUGGACCAUGUAAUGCUUACAACGACAUUAGCUGCAGAGUUCUUCCCACAGAUUUGUGAUCAGCAUCAUAUGAAAAACCAUACAUUUUAUAACGCAUGCAUGUUGGAGAGAAGAUUUUUGAAGUAUACAAUGCCAAGAGUUGAAAUCACUAUACACACUCUACAUGUUUGGACAAUUGCUACGCUGUCUGCUCAUCGUUAUUGGAAGAUUUCCCGACCUAUGAUUGCCAGACUUCAGGAUACAGUAGGCCGCGCACGUUCAAUGUUAAUAGUGAUGUUUUGUCUGGUUCUUUUAUUCCGUCUUCCGAUAUUCUUGCUGGAGCUUGAAGUUCGGUCAUAUCCACAGCUUCGAAUCAACAAACGGAUUGCCACUACAGAGAUUCUCUCAACCUAUCGUUUUGUUUACCACUCCAUCCUGGAUCCUUUAUUCUUCAACAUUGUUCCAUUCAUGUGGAUGUGCAUAUUCUCAUUGCUUACUCUAUACGAAAUCUACAAAAGCCGACACAACACAUAUCAACACUUGGCUUUUGAUCAUCCAAAGCAAACCAAUGUGACACAUCCAUUAGCAGGCUGUUUCCCUAAAAAAGCUGAACUAAUCCGGCAGAAACAAGAACUGAGAGCCACAUUCUCCAUCGUUGCAAUAAUCCUUUUGUACUUGUGCUUCCACUCUCUCAAACUAUUUUCAGUUGGAAGAAAGUGGCACCUACUUGUGAAAAGAGAAUGUCCAACAAGAAAAGACUACUACCAUUCACACCUCUCUGACGUCUUGAGUAUGAUUUCCGCAUCAGUGAACGCAUUCGUGUUUAUAGCGUUCACAAAUCGACUCAAAAAAUAUAUACGACUGCUUUUACGGAAAACAUCUAGAACCCUCUCCAACUCAAGUGAUCCACCAAUGAGUCCAAAGACAGUGACUUCAUAUGAAAGUAGUUGUAAUCACUUCAAUAUCAAUAUUUGA